UUGGGGCCGUUAACUGCGAGCGACCGGCUCCUGCAGCGCUGCGCGCCGGCACCGUGGAAAGCGAUGCGCUCGGGGGCGGCCGUCGGGGCCGGCCGGAAAGCCUGCCGGUGCCUGCUGUCUGGGUUCGGUAGUCGUGUCGAUGGGGGUCCCCCGGAACGGUGGGCGCCGGAGAGGGGUCUUGCCUCCGGAGGGCCACCGGAGCCGCCCGGGGGGAGCGAGGCGGGCAGCGAGGCGCUGCUCGACGUGUGCCAGCGACGACAUUUCCUCAGCGGCACCGGGCCCCCGCCCAGCCGGGCCGCGCUGCUGAGCGGCCGCCACCCCGGCUUCGGGCCGCUGGGCGUGGAGCUGCGCAGGAACCUCGCGGCGGAGUGGUGGGCGGCGGUGGUGGCGUCCCGCGAGCUGGUCUUCCCCGUGGCCCCCCGCCACCACGGCCACGGCCCCGCGCCGCCCGGCGACCGCGCCUUCAGGUUAGUCCCCGCAGAGUCUCUCCGCGCACUCUUGCAAGACAAAGAACUGAGUCAGGAACAGCUAGUAGCAAUGCUUGAGAACUUGUUAGAAACUUCGGGGAAGCUCCGGGAGACGCUCCUGCACGGUGCCUUGGAACAUUAUGUCAGUUGCCUGGAUCUGGUAAACAAGAGACUCCCCUACGGGCUUGCUCAGAUUGGAGUAUGUUUUCGUCUCGUUUCCGAUACCAAGUCAACUGCUGAGGGUGUUAAGGAUACCAAAUCAACUGCUGAGGGUGUUAAGAGAAUUGGUGAGACAACAGAAGCUUCUCUGGUGUGGUUUACUUCAGCACGAACUGCAAGUCAGUGGCUUGACUACUGGUUACGGCAUCGACUCCUGUGGUGGAGAAAGUUUGCUGCGAGUCCCUCUAACUUCAGCAGCAGCGAUUGUGAGGAUGAAGAGGGACGGAAAGGAAUCAGCCUUUACUACAGUUUUCCCUGGGGGAAGGAGCCGAUAGAAACCUUGUGGAAUCUGGGGGAUCAGGAGCUUUUACGCACGUCUCCAGGAAACGUGUCUCAAUUACACGGUCGGGAUGGACGAAAAAAUAUUGUUCCUUCUGUUUUAUCCAUAAGCGGAGACCUGGAUCGGGGGAUGCUGGCUUACCUCUAUGAUUCUUUCCAGCAAACAGAUAACUCAUUUGCAAGAAAGAAAAAUCUUCAUAGAAAGGUGCUUAAGCUUCACCCUUGUUUGGCCCCUAUCAAAGUGGCAGUGGACAUGGGACGAGGACCCACGGUAGAACUAAGACAGGUUUGCCAAGGGCUGUUUAAUGAAUUACUGGAAAACAGCAUUUCUGUGUGGCCUGGUUAUUUGGAAACUGCGCAUUCCUCAAUGGAACAGCUUUAUUCGAAAUAUGAUGAAAUGAGCAUCCUCUUCACAGUCCUGAUCACUGAUGCGACUUUGGAGAAUGGAUUAAUACAUCUGCGAAGCAGAGACACUACCAUGAAGGAAAUGAUGCAUAUUUCUAAAGUAAAGGACUUUUUAGUCAAAUAUAUAUCAUCAGCUAAGAAUGUAUAGAACUUACUAUGUAUAAUAAAUAUUCUCCUUUUCUAAUUUUAUUGUCAUAUUUAUUUAUUUAUUUAUUUUACUGCUUUGCUCUUACGAAUCAUUUUGGUCCUCUUUUAAUUUGGCCUUGAUCAGUGCCUAGAUCAGCCAGUUCAUAAGAAAUGGCAAAAUGGUGCUACUCAUCCUGUCUUCCUCCUCCAUUAGAAUACUUUCAUGAAGAAAUAAAUCUCAUCUACUGUUUGCAUAGAUGUACAGGAAAGCUGUAGACAUGUAUUCUGAGUCCAUCCACUUUAAAGUCGUUUCUGUUAAAUCAGGAGAGGAAGUUAAGAGGUGGACGGGGGAGUAAGGGCAGGUGCCCAGGGCCUCAGGUACAGCGGUGGUAUUGAGGGGUGGUGCGUGUGUGUAAAUACACACCGCAGAGUCAGCACCCCUGAAAGCAUGAGAUCCAAACUACAGCAACUCAACUUAAAAAUGUGUCUGUCAAGAGGGCAGAUGGGGGUGGGAUGGAACCUGGGGACAUUGGUAGAGGG